AUGUCUAAUGCUAAUGAACGACCUGAAGAGAACAUGGCUGGCCGUGGGAAUAUGGAGAACGGCAGCAACGGUGGGGAUCCUGGGAGUAAUGGAAGUGGAGGAUCCAGAAGUCAUUUUACUAUUGCGAUAAAUUAUGCUACGCUGUCAGGGAAUGGCGAGCAAAACGGUGCAAGUGCGGGCACUGGUGUGUUUCCACCGAUGAUAUUUCGAUUUGCGGAUGUGCCCAGUGACACAUCUUCUGGGAGAUUGAAUGAAGUGAUUGCAUUGGCAAGUGAAUACAUUUUCCAGACUUUGACCCGGGAUCAAAGGAGACAGAGAGGUCUUACCAGAGAGGCAUUUGAGAAAUUGGAGCUAAGAGACGUGGAUACUCUGGAAGAUAAUACAUGUGCAAUCUGUUAUGAUGAGCUAACGAAUGAUCCAAAGGAUUUUGCCAAUUUGUCUUCGAAAAGAAGUAGAGAAGGUGAGAAUGGAGAUGGAAAUGACGAUGAAGGAAAUGCGGAGGAGUCGGUUCCUGAUUCACCAAGAAAAAGACAGCGUACCGUAGAAUCAGAGGAAGAGGAUUUGAAUGUCGAUGUAAACUCAGACCCAUUUCAAGUUCCAGGCCCAACACCUACUCCAACCCCGACCCCCAUCUCGACGACGGCCACAGAACCAGCAGAAUCAGCAGGACCGGCAAACACAACGACAACGGAGCCUAACCUAGAUUCUGCUCCGAACACGAAUAAUAGCCCUAAUAGCCAAGGUGAAGAUGCUUCAAAUUAUGGUCACUCAGCUACCGUACUACCGUGUGGCCACAUUUUUGGACGAGAUUGUCUCUUCACGUGGACAACCGAACACAACAGCUGUCCUAUUUGCAGAGCAUCGAUUCUGAGCGAAGACGAGUUAAAUGACGUACAUAAUAGAGAGAAUGAGUCAGCAGGUGCAGCCAUGAAUAAUGGCAACGGUCCGGAUGCCGCACAACAGUCAACCUUUGAGUCCAUCAGAAGAUUGCUUUACGAGAGAUCUCCAGAACCUGCAGUAGCCAACAAUAUUGCAGAAAGAAAUACCAACACCAAUGUCAACAACACUGGUGAACAAUCUACAAGUUCCGAUAAUAGUGAACACCCAACCACUGGCGAUAGCUCCAAUACCAGUACGAAUACGGGUGCGACUGAUAGCAGACAAGCAGGUGAUGCUACUCAAGAUAUUACAAACACUAACAACAACACAUCAAGGUCCUUUUCUACAAGCUUUAUCUUUUUCUUAUCUGAUAUCCAUGCGCAUCCGCGUACAACGGCAACAAUGCCAAAUUCUGAUACUACAGGAGCUAAUCAAUCUGCAGGACGUGCUGCCUCUCCAUCUCCUGCAACGAAUAUUUCACAAGGUUCUUUCUUGGAUGCAAGAAAUGAGAGAUCUAAUACCAAUACCAAUACCGAUACCAAUACCAAUACCAAUACCAAUACGGAUACAACUACCGAAAGAGCAAGUACAGGAACAACUACGGGGAAUAAUACUAACAAUAUCAAUACAGGAGUGAAUGGACCGACAAUAACCCAUUUCAACGAUUUGCCGGAGGAUAAUAGAAGGUUAUUAGGAAACAUCAGAGCUAUCCUUCGUAGAGCGCAAGAAGAGAGAAAUUCUACCGGACGUCCAACGGAUAACAACGAGCAAACAGCAAACUCACAGAACAACACUGGCGCCCACGAUCUUGGACAAAACACCCGAAGGUUCUUCAACCUCUUACCACUUCUUGGUCGCAGACAACAAUCACCUGGCAACAACGAAACAAAUACGACAACGCCUAGCAAUUCACAGCCUCCUUCUACGGACCUACAUACUGAUCCUGCAUUGGAGAACCGUUACUCAGCAUACUUGGAACAUCUUAAUACCCUGCGUAAUGGUAACCGUCCUCCCACAGAAUCAACUGGAAGUAGGUUCAGAUUACCUUCUUUUUUCAGGUUGGGACGCCAGCAAGCUGCUCAUCGCCAUGAAGGUGGUAGAAGGCCUUCUGAUGAACAGAACAAUGUAACAAAUAACCCACUUUUAAAUCCAAAUGCCAACCUUUUCAGCUCCGGUGUAGCCAGUUAUCGUCAUGCCAACGGUGUAAGAACCGUUAAUUUCACAGGUGACAUCCCCGAGCCACCAACAGCUACAAACACACCACAGGCUAAUCAACAACAAGAAAAUGAUGAUGAACAACAGCAACAACACCAAGAUCAAGAGUAG